ACCAUUAGUGAUGACGUAGAACUCUACAGUAGCUUAACGCGUUUCGACACUCCAGAAGCCGAAGCACUUUGUGAAAACAUUGAAUAUCGCUUGCAGAAUGAGCCAGUCAAUGAGGUUGAUGUGCAAAGCAUCUGGACCUUUCAAUCCCCUGAUUGGAUCGAUGCUGUCUUGUGCAACAUUGUCAAGUUCAACGUAUUGAAUAUGCAGCCUACUGGAGGAUAUAUCGCAAUGUUCAUUGAAACAGAGUUGCUUCAGUACCACGAUAGGGGCGCUGCACGGGUCGUUGACAUGUAUGAGCGGCAU